AUUUCCGCUUUUUACGUCAACCAAAAUGUGGCGGGGAAUCGCGAGGUCCUGACGGCGGGAUCCAGUGAGAUGGUGAAAAGUGGGUCACUGGUGUUUGUUUUUGUAGACUUUAAUUACUCGUGACUGAAUUGUAUUUAUCCUGUCACACAAUAUACGGAGAUAACUUGACUUCUGGAUUUUGUAACAUCUCGACUGUCGUUUGGACUCCGCGGCUGUAGGUCGCAGUAAAUCUCAAAAACAGCUCAACAUAAAAGCGAAGAAGCACGAUUCCGUGUAGUUCUCAUGGAAGUUUACAUCCAUGGGUUCUCCUAACGUGUGCAUUCAACUAAUUAGAUGCUGAAUACUGACGCUUUUAUGGGUCCUUUUGAGUUUAGCUAUCCACAUGUUUUAUCUGUAUUUAUAACUAUAGUAAGGUGUGUAGGGCACCCUACAGGAGGACGAUUCAAAAUGACUUUAUUAGCUAAUCUUCCCAUGAUUAACAGACCUCUGCAGGUAACGUAAAUGUUAUUAGUUAUAGUGAAGACUUGGAGAGGGACUGUAAAGCUCUUCUUUUUGGCCUAUCUGUUAACUUCCUGCUAUUCACAACACGACGCACUGGACACGUAGCUUUUAGCACACAGCCAAGCUGUCAUAAGUCAAGUCAUGUCCCGGCACAGCCGACGGUACAAGCCUCCGCCGCAGGAUUAUAGCAGUGCCUCUUUGCCCGGCUGUGACCGCGUGUGGAUGCCCCGUGUCCGAGUUAUCUUGCUCUGUCUAAUCGGGGUCUUGGUGCUGGCCAUGGUGCUAGGGGUAUUCUUAUCCAACGACUCCAUCGAUGGGAACUUUGCGAACCGAUUUCCAGAAACAGACUGGACAAAUGACAGAUUGUCUCAUAAGCCAAGUAAGUGCUCCACUUCUCAUAUUCGGCACUUGGCCUCUCAAGUCGAUGGAAACCGUUUAUGGGAGACCCAUUUGAGGCCCAUUCUUAUAGAGAGACUUCCUGGGACCCCAGGCAGUUUGGCAGUGCAGCAGCAUAUUGCCUCUACACUGUCUUCACUGUUGGCAGGCUGGAGCAUUGAUUUAGACUCUUUCCAGUCUCCAACUCCACAUGGCCGGGUGACCUUCACAAACAUUGUGGCUACACUGGAUCCUGCGGCACCUCGGAGACUACUUUUAGCCUGCCACUAUGACUCUAAAUCCCUUCCUUUAGACCCACGAGAUCCAAAAAGAGUAUUUCUGGGUGCCAGCGAUUCAGCAGUGCCUUGUGCUAUGAUCCUGGAGCUUGCAACAUUGCUAGAUGCACAACUAAAAAUAUUUAAACAGCAGAAACACCUACUAACCCUUCAGCUGGUGUUUUUUGAUGGUGAAGAAUCAUUUGAAGAAUGGACUGAUACUGAUUCGCUUUAUGGCUCUCGGUACAUGGCUGAACGAAUGGCCACCACACCUCACCCCAGGGGCUCUGCACACACCACAAUGCUUCAGGCUGUGGAUCUUUUUGUGCUUCUGGAUCUGCUCGGAGCCCCUAAUCCCCUCAUUGUAAAUCACUUUGAUAACACUGCACGUUGGUUUGAUCGACUUAUUACAGCAGAAAAGAGACUCCAUCGACAGGGUCUGCUAGCUUCACAUUCUUCUGAACAAGCUUACUUCAGGAAAGACCUGUAUCUGGGGCCUGUUCAAGACGACCACAUCCCUUUUCUUCUCAGAGGGGUUCCUGUGCUACAUGUCAUUGCAACACCUUUCCCUCAGUUUUGGCAUACACUGGAUGACACAGAGGAGAAUAUGCAUCGGCCCACUGUGGAAAACUUAACAAAGAUUCUUGCCGUCUUCCUGGCAGAAUACUUGGGAUUGUAUUAGUAAAAUGAUUAAAUGCUAAACCUAACCAAAGACAGUAGACCGUUUCUCCUGUCAGUUUGAAUGAUGUGACUUUGCAUAAGCAUAAAUAUUCUUGUUACAGGCAUUACAUUUUUCUAAAUGUUUUAUACAAUUUCAUCCUUGAAAAUAAUGUAUUUCCUCCAAUGACAAGCGAGCUAUUACUCAGGGUAUACCCUUAUGCUUAUUGCAUUAUGGACUUCAGCCCCCCAAAAUUAAAUUAAGCAAUAAAGAAAAAUAAAAACCUGUAAUUGA